AUGUCCCAUUCUCGCUUUCAAUAUGGACAUCGGCCCAAGGAGAAGGUCAGGCCCGUUAAUCCUGAAAUCCGCCAGUACUUCGACCCGGACCUACCUGUCUAUGGUCCUUGGAGAGUUUGGCAAACCAAGCCAGAGCUUCCUUCGACCGAAGAAGUCCUCGGGACAGAUAUACCGGGAGACUUUGUUGCUCUUACCCCCAAUUGCAUCUCGGAGCCUUGGGCUUCCAAGGAGGAAUACCUAGAGGCCCAUUAUGCAUUGAUCCGGGAAGACUCGAUUGCACCGCUUCGAAACGCUGUAGCUAGGGUUCGCGCUGAUCCUUUUAUGAAGGAUACUCCAGAUGUCUCUAUUUAUGAGAAGGUCUUCCUCGUCGGUGUUACCCUAGCCCGCGCGGGUUUGGCAUUGCACAUCCAAUUCUCUACUCGCCGCGCGGGCAAAAACAUUGCCUGGACAUACUCUAACCGUCUUAAUCCCGGGACAAUCGUUGCCCUAACCCCCAAGCACAAUGCAUUCUUGAGCAGAUGCGUCGUCGCCGUCGUGGCUUGUCGCCUGCUGGAAGCGGUUGAGAAAGACCCCCCAGAGGUCGAUCUAUUUUUGGCCUCGCCCGACGAUAUCGAGGUCGAUCCACAUUUUCCGUUGAAUGAACAAAUCUGCAGCUUGGCAGGAGACAUUGAUGCACCGGGAUACAUUAACACCGCGCCAUGCAUGGACUUCGCGCCAUUAUCUGAAGUGUCUGCACUCGAUAUCACCACAAAGUACGACAUCCUCCAGCAAUGGCCAUCCCAGCCAAUGGGAAAGCUAGAUGCAUCCCAAUGGUCAGCCCUGAACCGAAUGUUGACUAAAAAGCUGGCCAUCAUUCAGGGCCCUCCAGGAACAGGCAAGACCUUUACCUCCAUCGCUGCUCUAAAGAUGAUGCUCUCGAACAAAGGGCCAAAUGAUCCACCAAUCAUCAUAGCUGCUCAAACGAACCAUGCCCUCGAUCAACUGAUCAAGCAUAUCUCGGUGUUCGAGAAGAACUAUGUCCGGCUGGGCGGGAGAACUUCCGAUCCUGAAAUUCGCAAGCGCACCCCUUAUGAGAUCAGACAAAACCAGGGCCUAUUGACAAUUGAGGGAGGUUUGAUGACUCCAAUGAGAAAGAAGCAGAACAAAAUCGCGGCUGAGCUUGAUAAGCUCCUAGAACCACUUGCACCAUCAAACAACAGCAAGCCUCUUGCUGCAUCUUUAUUUCUGGAGCACGGUCUUCUGAGCCAAGAGCAGGUUGACUCCUUGCAAGAAACCGCACAAAAAUGGCAGCAAUCCAAUAUCCCGGCAAAUGCCGACCCUUUGGCGGCUUGGCUUUCAGACUGCGUGCGCGAGUUCGACCCCGAAUAUGCUGGUGACUUUGGGUUCGAUAAUGAUGAUAUUGACCUGGAGUACGAGCAACUCAAGGAGAUCGAAGUCGAACAUGGAAGAUAUGAAGAUGACUGGUCGGCUUUCAAAACCCGUUUUUUCCCACUGUCGCCUGGUCUUUGCAGCUCCAACAGUGCCAAAGUCUCUCGGACAACGCUUGAACAUCUAUUGAAAGAGAAGGACAUUUACAAGAUUCACAAGAGGUAUCGCGGUGCUGUCUAUGACUACCUACGUGAGCAGCUGAUAGCUGUCCUGGGAGAACAGGUGCAGCGCCUCGCUCAAACUUACAAAUAUUGCUCGACCAAUUUUCAAAUUGGUAGAUUUGAACGGGACUACUGCAUUCUUCAAGAAGCGAAGAUCAUCGGCAUGACCACCACCGGUCUGAGCAAAUACAGAGGACUAGUCUCCAGUUUGAAUCCCCGAGUCAUUUUGAUCGAGGAGGCAGCAGAGGUGCUUGAGGCCCCAGUCGCAGUCGCUUGCUUCCCAUCACUUCAGCAUCUGAUUCUUGUUGGUGAUCACCAACAGCUCAAGGGUCAAUGUGCCGACUAUGAACUGUGUGGUCACCCUUUCUACCUCGACGUCUCUAUGUUUGAGCGCCUCAUGAUAAAUGAAAUGCCAUACGCGAUGCUGCAAGAACAAAGGCGAAUGGUGCCAGAAAUCAGAAAGCUUGUGGCCCCAAUCUAUGGGGAUCUUCUUCGUGACCAUCAGUCUGUUGAAGAUCACCCUUUGGUUCCUGUCUGUUAUCCAAGGUGA